CCCGCACUCCCCCGCUGUGCUCUUCCUUCAUGUCCAAUCCACCUGCCUGGUCUGUCUACGCAGAACAGUUGGUAGGCCGCGGCUACGGGCUACCGCUGUGGCAUCCCGAGCCCACCUUAGAACAGGGUGAGAUCAAGGUCGGAGACGUUGGCUUCGUCUCAGAGGGACAGUUCAUUCGACUGUUCAACGCUAUGAACUCUGAAGAAGACCCCAUCAACGCGGGCGGUGUGCCAAAGGGUUUCGCGGUGCUGAAGCCACAUAGGAGACAUUUCUUUUCUGCCCCGACACAUGUCUCUCCGGGUCCGAUUUGCACAACAACUACAACCUUCCAGAAGGCUAAGGCGGAUAUCCCUGGACCUACGAGGGAUACAGGAGUAACACGACUUCCACGAAUAUAUUGUGAAGCAUCACUCCUCUUGGGCUACCCCGUUCCACCUGAGGCAAUUAUCCUUGUCUCCAGCUGGCUCAAAACCACCGAGUGGGCAGUUGCCGCUGUCUCAAACUACGGCAAAGCGCACGAGUUUUCAUUCUCCGCAUGCGCCGGCUCAUACGCCUCCGCGGGCUUUGAGGUGUCCAAAGGUACAGAUGUCCAAAUGUCCGUCGAGCAGCGGUCGGGUCCGGUCUUCGACAACGGGCGCACGCUUACGGCGCCCAAUCGCCCCCAGUAUCCUUCGGUACUAUGGAUGCUAGGAGUACGACGUAAAGUGGGCGUGACGGCAGACGCGAAAGACGUGAUAAGACCUGGCGAUGAGCUCUUGCCCUCUCGCCAGCCGCCCAGUCCAAGCGGAGGUGGCUCAUCCCAAGGGCCAUCCUCCCGCUUGUGGGGCUUCUUUGGCGGCUCGCGAUCGGAUACCUCACCGAACGAUUUCGGCGGCUCACGCCCUGGCGAGCCUGGCAAGCCUACCCAUGACAUAUCCUCGGUGCCCGAGAUGGCCCUGCAGAACUCUCGGCAUAGCGCUAUUGGAGGCUACAACACAGAAGGCGCGUACACGAUUGAAGAGCCCUCGACUGCGUCUCGUACGUCACAAUGCCCCGACGCAACUGCUGCCGUGGCUUGUCAUGACGAUUUUUAUACCGUCUUCCCAGUCAGUUGUCCCUGUCUAAAUGCCAAUUUGAUAUGUCUCACGCAUGCACCCCAGCCUGAAACUCAUCCAGAUGGCGUACAAAAUGCUGCCUUGCGAGAGACGCUGACUCAAUACCUUGAUGUCCACCUUGAUAAAGCCAAUGUGGCCUUCGUGGGUAGUGAUAGUAAUCCAUAUGCGGCUUUCUCGGAAGAUGACUCUGACAAGGACGACGUUGAUGACAGUAACAUCACAUCAGCCAUCUAUGCUAAUGCCGCACCGGAAGUAGUCCCAGCUGUUCAGAUUCUAGUGAGCUUGUCGGUCGUUGAAGACUCUGAUUGGUCAUGA